AUGGCAUCACCGGUAGUGAAGGAGACAUUUUACAUAUCUCAUAGAUCGCCGGCGUUGUCGAUCGACGACUCAAUCCCGGCAAGAAACUUCCUAAAAUCCUUUACAAACACCGUUUAUUGUCAAAAACCAUCGUCCACCCUCGUCAUAUCCGCUCAUUGGGAGACAACAGAGCCCACCGUAAAUACCAUCUCCGGCAUCAACGACACUAUUUACGAUUUCAACAAUUUCCCCAAAGAAAUGUACCAGAUAAAAUAUCCGGCUCCGGGGGCUCCAAAUCUGGCAAGAAAGGUAAAAGGGUUGUUGGAAUCAUCUGGUUUGUUCAAUCGUGUCGAGGAGGAUAAAACACGGGGAUUGGAUCACGGAACUUGGGUUUCGUUGAUGUUAAUGUAUCCGGAGGCGGAUAUUCCGGUGUGCCAGCAGCUAUCAGUUCAAACGGAAAGAGAUGGAAGUUAUCAUUAUGAUAUGGGGAAGGCUUUUAGUAGUCUUAAAGAAGAAGGUGUAUUAAUAAUAGGGUCAGGAUCAGCCACUCAUAAUUUGAGAACAGUUAACCGUGCAAACAAAAACGCUGAUGCUGUUCCAUGGGCUCUUGAAUUUGAUAAUUGGCUCAAAGAUGCACUUCUUAAUGGAAGGUAA